UCAACACUACAAGUCAAACUAGGUUCUAGAAAAGAGGAGAGUCGUCUCCUGGCUUCAGGUGAGUUAUGGUAAAGCCGAGGGUCCAUUAUUGCACCUGGUCUUGUGUUCUCGUCACUAUUCUGCUAUCAUCAUCGAUGCUGUGCUCACGAGUGCGCUCAUUUAAGGACCUGCUGUCGGAGCUGACAGGCGAGGCUUCUAUGAGGACAGAGACGGGCCUCUGUUUGUGCUGAGUUUCGGGUUCAUCGGAAAUUGAGGGGAAAGCCGAAGCAAUAAUAUGAGAAACACGUGAUCAAUUUGAUUAUGUAAUUUUCCUUUCCAAUCCUCACUUUUCAAGAAUCUCCUUCUAAUGGUGCCUCGUCAGCCCGUCUGAAGCUUCCUUCCACAGCAAUAUGGCUUCCCGCGGACGACUGGCGUACAGACAUCUCUCACAAAGCAGCGGAAAGGCGGUUGCCCUUCGACCGCUCAGCUACAGCGCUUUACGUAGCGUACCGGAAGCCGUCACCAGCGAGAGCGCCUCUCCAUCUUCGUCAACAUCGUCCACCCUUCCUCCGAUUCGCACUGAUGUCAACGUUCCAUCGGGUGCCCCUGCACCACAGCCUGGCGCACUCACGAUCGCCAACAGAAAGAAUGGCAGGGGGUCGAGCAAAGAACGAGGAAAGGCCGGAGAAGGGAGCAAGUCCACGGACAAGCUGACGUUGGUAGAGAAGGGCAACAUGCUGUAUCAGUGGUCCUGGUUUACUGGGAAGUACGAGCCAGAGCGUCGCAGGCUCUUCGAGAGCUGGCGUACGGGAAAGACGCAGGAAGCGCCAGUCUGGUUGUCGGAAGAAUACGAGCAAGCAAGGACGUACAGAUCGGCGCGGGCGCGCUUAUGGGUGCCGGACGAGGCGCGACAACACCCGGAAGGCAUCGAUGCUUGGUUGCAGUCGCUUCUUGAUGAGCAAGAGCUCUCUCGAGCCUCGACUGGAGGGCUGAAAGGACGGCAGAAGCUUCUGGAGGAGCUCUCCACUGAGCGACAGAAGUUGAAAGGGCAAGUCGAUGAGCAAGUGCGACGACUGGAAGAGGUACAACAAGCUAUUAUCGGUGCGCAAAAAACCUGGCGGGAGCAAGGUGAUCAAACGGCAUUGAACCGCGCGGAACAACUAGGUGCCGAAGCCGAGGAGCUCAAAAGAAGCACAGAGCUUCUCUGGUUGAACAUUGACGAGGUAGACAAGAGGACGGCCGAGACGCAGGCGAGACGAGAGGGGGAGCGAGAAGCAAAUACCCAAUACUGGCUCUCGAAGGACCGACAGGAGCGACUUGAUCUCGCGCUUCUGCCACUCUGGCGGUCUCUGACCGAUCGGCAACGGAAAGCCGGCAUCGUCCGUGCUCGCUUUGAGUGUGCGCGCCAACUGGGAUGGCGAAAGGGCUACUCAGCCGGGUACCCAACACGGAACGAGGGACGCCGGGCCCGCAUUGCUGCUCUCGUCUUUGAGCUGAGCGAGAAUGGACCUCUGCACAAGAAGCAUCAGGAGGCUCUCUCCAAGCUCGAGGCCGAGCAGGAAGAGGACGCGUGGGAAGCGUGGCAGAGCACGUCGAGCGCCACGCGCAGCGCCGAAGAGAAGAGCGCAUGGGAGCUUCGCGACCGCUCGAGGAUCUACAUCGAUGACUCUCCCCAGUCGAUGAUUCUUGGCACACCAGGGUCUCGGUGGUACAGCAGACCGGAACGGGUGGGCAAGCUGACGUUCCUUCCCAACGACAUUGUUCGGCUGGUGCGCAACAACACGCCUCGCGGCGAGAAGAGCUACGACGCGUGGAAGGCGACAUUCCGUGUGCCCCUGAGCAUGCACAAGCAUGCCUUGCGAUCUUAUCUAUUGUCUAUCUACGGUCUUCGCACGACGUGGGCGCGCUCGAGCAUCUAUCGGGCGCCCAUCAGCCGGACCCGUGGCCUGUUUCAAAAGACGGCAAAGGGCGGGAGCAUUCAGACGUACAAGAAAGUCGAAGUGGGCCUUUUGGAGCCAUUCGUCUUCCCUGAAGUCUCUGCUCAGUACAAGAGGGAGCGGCUCAUGGAGGAGGACAUCAAGCUCGAGAGAUCUCGAGUGUUCUUCAAGGCAACUGGAAAGCUGCGAUGGAGAGGCAAGAGGCAGCCCUUGCCCAUCAAGGACGAUCCGACAAUGGCCUCGGUCGGUGAGAGUACGGUCUCGGUGCGAAAGGGUGUCGACGGGUGGACCACGACGAUUCCCAAGCGCAAGUCGAAGGAAGGCAGCGAGAGGCCUCCUAUCCUGGCCCGCUCGGGUAUCCCAGCGAAGAGGCAGUCGACGAUUCUCAAGCUACUUAGUGAGAAGCGGAGGCAGCGAGAGGCCUUGAUUAAUGCAGAGGCUAGUAUGCUUCACCAACGCGACCUCGAGGUCGCCGCCCAGCAAGAAAAGCCGUAGACAGAUUACCGAAGCAAAGCGGAAGAGGAAAGCGUGAAGAGGUGGAAAGGUACAUCAAGGGAUCGAAUGGAUGGAUGGAGGAAAUCGAGCGUCAUGUUUAUUGAUGUCGUAAAUAAAUGAACAUUAAGUGAAAAGCUCC